AUGGCGUGUUUCUUUGGAAGUUUUGGUGUGCUCAUGCUUGUGGUGCUCACGAAACAGAGCCGGCCACUCCAUGUGGAUGAAGGAGAGUGCGACCACAUCCUGUCAUGGGUGGAGGCGUGCCUUUCCUCCGACCACCCUGCCCGCCUCAAGGAACUCACCAUAGAUGCCCCCAAUGAUGCUGUGAUGCGCCUGGCCAAGCUGGCUCUGAGCUGCACUGUGCAGCGCAGUGCAGAUCGGCCAAGCAUGGCGGACAUUGCCAACCAGCUGCUUGUUAUCAAGAAUGAGGUGAUGGGAACAGAGGAGCUGAGUGCAGCACUUAAGGUGGACGUGCAAGCCCAAAAGUUGGAUUCUGCAAUCUCUAGUGAGAAAGGCAUGGACGCUUGGCCUCCUACUUGGAAGUUUUUCACAAAAGCGAACAGUUGCUGUAGUAAGGUUUGA